AUGCACGAAGAUGAAGAGCAGCCAAUCGAGCAGCCUAAAAAUGAUGGUGACAGAGUAGGACACGACAAUGAAGACGAGGAGGACAGCCAAGAGGAAAAGCAAUCCAUUCCAGCUAAUGCCAUGCAACAAGAUGUAGAACAACCAAACGAGCAGAUUCUUCAAGACCAGCCUAAAGAUGAAGCCCAGCAGCCUAAAAAUGUCAGUAACAAAGACGGGGAGGACGGCCUGCAAACCCAAUCCGUUACGUCCAAUGCUAUGCAACAAAAAGAUGAAGAGCAGCCUAAAGAGCAGUCUAAAGAUGACAGAAACGACGGACAAGACCACGACGGCCUACAGAAUCUAGUAAUGGCUGCCACUGGGUUUCAGUCCAUGAAGGAAAUUCGCCGGAACCCUGGCACUGAGCUAGCAUUUUUGAAAACCAUGCAGUACGCCAAAGAUUUUCUCAAUGAUGAGGAAACUGACCAUGACCAAGACAUUCCUUCGCACGUACGAGACAAUCCUGAGCACCACUUUGCAUCCGAUCACCACUGGCAUGAUAUGCAUUUGCAUCACAUGCAUAUAGGAGGAGAACGGCCCACGCCACCGGUUCGUCGCGGCGCCAAGGAAAAGGAAACUGUAACGCAUUUUGUCGUUCGCGAGUGCCUUACCAUUUUCUUUUUCAUUGGUGGCAGUAUAGUCAUGAUGUCUUUGGUAGUUGUGGCACUGACAUUUGCAUCAAGCAGAAUACCAAUCCCCAACCAUUCGAGGACGACUGCAAAUGUUACUGACUUUGGAACGUUGGCUCCUACCGCCAGUCCAAAACCGAAAACCCGAACUUAUGCUCCGAGCGUUCCAAAUAAUUUUAUUCAUUUUGGAAAGCCCACUUUUAACGCAACGCUGGCCCCUGUUAUUGCCACUCCGACCCCACAAACUACAACAUCUACCCCGAGUGUCUCAAAAAAUAUACCUCACUUUGGAAACCCCGUUGCUGCACCAAAAUUGAGACCUGUCGUCAGUCCAAUACUGCAACCCACAACAUUGUCAAUCACAACGGCACCGACUGCUGCAGCUGCAGCUCUUAGUAGUGCUCCGACAUUUGAUGAAGCUGCCCGUUUCGAAGACAUCAUGUCUAUUUUGGUGGACGCUGGAUUUGCCGAGGAAUCUAAACUUCGCAAUGGGAUCACAGCCCAAUCCAAGGCUCUAGAUUGGUUGGUGAGCAAUGAUCCUGCGGCAUUGAAUUCAGCAUCCGAAGCCUUGCUGCCACGUUAUGUCCUUGGUGUCUUGUUCUAUUCGACAUCUGGUCGGGAACCGAGAUUAACUGGCUCAAACGAAACAAGCUGGAAAGAACACAAUCAGUGGCUGACAGGAGAAAACUACUGCCAAUGGCAUGGAAUCAAGUGCAUGGAAGACGAGGACUACAAUGUCACGAUAGUAAAUGGCGAUAUCUUUGAAAUUGACCUGUCCAAUAACGAUCUCAGUGGAACUAUUCCUUCAGAGUUGCAAAUAUUAGCAGACUUGCAGCUGUUGGACUUGCGAUCCAAUCAAUUGCAGGGAACUAUUCCCCAGUUCGAAUUCCCAAAACUACAGGAAAUCCAUUUGGAUAACAAUCGAUUGAAUGGGCCCAUCGCCUUGCAUUUGGAAUCCAUGAAGGAACUUCGUACACUCUCUAUGGGCCACAAUGCGUUGACCGGUGGCUUGCCCUCUACCAUCGGAAUAGCGAAUAAGCUACGGUACCUCAAGCUAAAAGAUAAUCAUUUGAGCGGAACUUUGCCUGCAGCAGCGAUGGCCAAUUUGAAGUACCUUGAGAAUCUUCAUAUUUCCUACAAUCGCCUAUCAGGUAGUCUUUUUAGUGACGACGAGUUCGUUUUUGGAAUGAUGAACCUGGUCAAUGUGAGCCUGUCGCAUAAUUCUUUUUCUGGCACGCUGUCAGGGAAUUUGUCUCAACUGAGUCAUUUGCAAGAGCUCCACUUGACAGGAAACACAUUCUCGGGUACCUUGCCGGAUUGCUUUGGCAAUAUGACUCGCUUGGCUAUGUUACAUCUCGGGGACAAUCUAUUUUCGGGAGAAGUUCCCGUGAUCCCGUCACACCAAUUGCAAAAGUUGGAUAUUUCCAAAAAUAGCUUCAUUGGCACAAUGCCGCAAGAGAUUUGCGAUUUGAAACAGAUAGGAAAACUCACUUCUUUGAAAGCUGACUGUUCCGGUGGCGAUACUACGACUGCCUUGGACCUAUCUUCAUUUUUUGGAAACAAUCGCAGGAAGAUGCUGUCUCGAUCGCUAGUGGAAGAAUUGGAUGAAGACGAAGAAAUCAUUGAAGAAGGGGAUUACAUCUAUCUGGAAGAAGAUGGAACAGUCGAAGAUAAAGAUGGAAACAUAAUUGAAGGGAUCGAACUAGGAGAUUUAGAAGUCGCAGGAGAUCAACUCAAUGGUGGAACUGGAGAUCUCCCAGAAGGUUAUUUGUAUACGGGAAGUGCGCCAAUUGCCAAGCCAGUCGCAGUCAACAAGCAAACAUCGAUCGCCUCUGGUGAUGAACGCGACAGUGUACCUGAUCAUCUUGAAGAUAUCCAGAUUACACAGCCAGUCAUAUUUCCGGACGAAAGACAGGACUACAAUGAUAUUGCGUUCGCGAGAGAAAAAAUUCCGUCUGACAAUCAGGCUGGAACCAAUGACAAUCGGGGUGGAAUCGAAGCCACUGCUGCCAAUAAGCAGGCACAGCUCUCCUAUGGAAACGACGACGACGACGACAAUUUCGAGAUGGAUGAUAACGAUACAGUAAACCCCAACACUGCAUAUGCGAAGCAAAGGGGCGGGGAUGAGCAAAGAUUCAAAAUCGUAACUAAUGAAAGGGUCCCGUCUAACAAUCAGGUUCGAGCCAAUGGCAGUCGGGAUGGAAUCCAGACGACCUCUACUGCCAAUCUUCUACCAGAAGGAUUCGAAUGUUCGUGCUGCACGUAUUGUUUGGCGAAACCGUCUUCAUCGUUGAUACCACACCAUGGAAUGCCAGUCGAAUUGCCCCAAGACCAAGAUGACAUUCCUAAAGUCGAAGACAUUCCCGAAAUCAAAUUGACUCAAGACCAGGACGACAUUCCAAAAGUCAAAGACAUUCCCGAAACCAAUGUGCCGAUCAAGCCGGCCAAUCGCAUCGACAUGUUGCCAGUAGGCGAAGAAGAACCGACUACUGCUGUCGAGCUGGGCGAUAUCUUUAUUGAGGAGAAAUUGACAGACGAAGAUCAGGGAGCCGAUUGGUGCGCUCUGGCAAUCAGAGCUGGAACCAAUGGUGACAAAUACCCUGGGUUUGUUGGUAUGAACGCCAAAGCAGCAAAGGCUUGCCUCGAAGCCAACACUGAUAGAGCCAUUGUCAUGGUCCGAGAAAUUGCGAAGAAACAUUUUCCUUUUGAAAACAACCGCAUUAUCCUCUACGUGGAUGAUAAUGGAAACGUGGUGAAGGUUCCAGUCUUGGGAUAA